AUGUCAAAGGCGUCAAUCAAGGAAGAGGAAAAGGCAUUGCUCCGCAAAAGUAAAGACUCUAAUGGUGGAGAGAAGGCUCUUGCAUCAACAAGUAGCCAAAAGGGGUUCAAGAAGAACCAAAAGUGGAACAAGAAAGGGGGCAACUAUCGAGGGGGAGCCCAGAAAAAUUACAACCACCGUUACAAGGGUGGUGCCGGAAAGGACAGGAAGGAGCAUGAUCGAGAAAAUGGCAAUUGCUACAUUUGCCACAAGAAGGGUCAUCUAGCCAGAGAUUGCUGA